AUGGAAUAUUCAUCUGUUCAAUUGAACGAUUUACCUGAUGAAAUUAUUCUUAUUAUUUUGAAAAACUUAAAUAAACUUGAUGUACUGUACUCUUUCAUGGGUGUUAAUAAACGACUCAAUAAAAUUGUACAUGAUCCCAUUUUUACUAGUGGUUUAACAUUAUUCAAUUAUUUACCGUGUAAUUGUAUUUACCCAUUACCUCAUAUAAUGCUUGAUCGAUUGUGUAUACAAAUCUUACCUAAAAUAGCUCAUAACAUCAAAUGGCUUGAUCUUGAACCAUUCUCUAUGAAACGUAUUCUUUCUACAAAUUAUCCAAAUUUAGUUGAACUUGGUAUCUAUAACAUUAAAAAACAGACUGCUUUAAAUCUAUUCACUGGCAAAACUUCUUUAAUGCAUCAAUUCAAAAAAGGCAUCUUAUCACUUACGAUUGAAACUAUUAACAUACAACGAGAAACAUCAACACAUUUGAAUACACUUAUGUUCACACAUAUUUUUAAUAUGUUCACUAAUUUACAAUAUUUAAAUUUCGAUCCAUGUUUUUGUUAUCAACGAAUAUCAUUCUGCUGUUCACCUCCAACUGUGUUCUCUUCAACUUUAUUAGAAUUAUAUAUCAAAGUCAUGUAUGUUCAAGAUUGUCUUUGUUUACUUGAUGGUCGUUUCAAUCAACUUCGGACAUUCUGUGUUGAUAUAGGAAUAGCACCUGAUCCUCUAAUCAUACCACUUUUACAUCGAAUGUCAAAUUUAGAACAACUUAGUUUGUAUUUAUCACACGCUCAUCGUAAUAGAUUUAUUAAUGGAAAUGACUUGAAACAAAAUAUUAUUGAUUAUUUACCACGAUUAAAUCAAUUUCGGUUUAAUAUUCGUUCAACUAUGCUGUUAAACGAUCAAACUGAUUUACCAUCUAAUGAAGAUAUUCGACAUACAUUCAAAGAUUUUUUAAAUAAUGAAAUUAUUUCUUGUGUGAACUAUUUUCUAGAAUAUAAUGAAGGUGAAUGUCAUAUCUAUUCAUAUCCAUACACAAUGAGAAGUUAUGAAAAUAUUACAAAUAAUUUUCCAGGUGGAUUAUUUACAUGUGUUUGUGAAGUAUCAUUAUAUGAUGAACAUCCUUUUGAACACGAAUUUUUUAUUCGAAUUCAGAAAUCAUUUCCAUUUAUGGAACGUUUAAGUAUAAUUAAUAGAAAAGCACAAAAGGAUAAACAAUGUAAAAAAUUAAAAAAUACCAAUCAAGAUUUAUUAAUUAUUGAAUAUUCUCAUUUAAAAUGCCUUAUUUUGGAUGAAGUUCAUUAUGAUUAUGUCGAACAAUUUCUACUUGAUACGAAAGCAUGUUUACCAUAUGGUGUUAAUCUUCAUAUCGAUUAUCAACCUUUAAAGAGAGUAACAUACAAUUUUAAACGAAAUGCAACACGAAUUAAUUGUUCAAAAGUGAGAUAUAUAUGUUCAGAUACACCUUUUCGAUUUCCAAAACAUUUCAAAAAUUAUUUUCUCGAUAUUGAUGUAUGGUAA